AUGGAAUCCAAAUUUAUACUUCUUCUUCUUCUUCUUGUUGGCUAUGCUUCGAGCAAUCCAUUGACUCGUCCAGCUCUUCCACAUCAAUUUGCCAACUACAUCAACCCAUUGACUCGUCCAGCUCUUCCACAUCAAUUUGCCAACUUCAUCAACCCAUUGACUCGUCCAGCUCUUCCACAUCAAUUUGCCAACUACAUCAACCCAUUGACUCGUCCAGCUCCAGCUGAACACGAUGAUCAUUACAUCAAUCCAUUGACCCGUCCAGCUCCAGCUGACCAUGAUGAUCACUACAUCAACCCAUUGACCCGUCCAGCUCCAGCUGAACACGAUGAUCAUUACAUCAACCCAUUGACUCGCCCAGCUCCAGCUGAACACGAUGAUCAUUACAUCAACCCAUUGACCCGUCCAGCUCCAGCUGAACACGAAGACAACUACAUCAAUCCAUUAACACGUCCAGCUCCAGCUGACCAUGAUGAUCACUACAUCAACCCAUUGACCCGUCCAGCUCCAGCUGAAAACGAUGAUCACUACAUCAACCCAUUGACUCGCCCAGCUCCAGCUGAACACGAUGAUCACUACAUCAACCCAUUGACUCGCCCAGCUCCAGCUGAACACGAUGAUCACUACAUCAAUCCAUUGACUCGCCCAGCCCCAGCUGAUCAUGAUGAUCAUUAUAUCAAUCCACUCACUCGUCCAGCUCCAGCUGAACACGAUGAUCACUACAUCAACCCAUUGACCCGUCCAGCUCCAGCUGACCAUGAUGAUCAUUACAUCAACCCACUCACUCGCCCAGCCCCAGCUGAACACGAAGACAACUACAUCAAUCCAUUAACACGUCCAGCUUGGUAA